AUGUCGACUUACUGUUUGCUUUUUGGUACACCACAGACAAAAGCAAAAAGUCGAUCGGAAGGGGCAAAACCCUACAAUCUGGAGAAGAACCGAUACAAAAACAUCUUGCCCUUCGACCCUACCCACGUACGCCUCCUAGACGGUGACCCCAAUAUCCUUGGAUCCGACUAUAUCAACGCCAACUUCAUUAGAUGGCCGUUCAUCAACGGGCCUUCGGGUUUUUACAGUGGAGGUGACUUCGAGCAAUGGCUGGAAUGGUUUUCCUCAGCUCCCUCGCCAGCACCCGAGACAGGCGAUCUUGUCACAACCCGAAUUUCGUUAAAACUGAGGGCACACUACAAGGAGAAAAGGCGUUCACCGGGAGAGGUUUAUUUUUUUUAUCUGAUGUUUCGGAUAACUGUCCCGUCUAUCCAUCCUCAGUGA